CGGCCCGCCCGCCCUCCCUGCGCACUCCGCUCGGUUCCCGGCCUCGCGGCUGCGGUGUCUAUUCCGGGCGGCGGCGCGAGCGGCCAUGGAGGCGGGUGCCGGGGCCGGCGCGGGUGCCGCAGGCUGGAGCUGCCCCGGCCCAGGACCCACAGUGACCACUUUAGGCUCCUAUGAAGUGUCUGACGGCUGUGAGAGAAAGAAAGGCCAGCGCUGGGGGUCCCUGGAACGGCGGGGGAUGCAAGCGAUGGAUGGGGAAGUGUUACUCCCAGCUCUCUAUGAGGAGGAAGAGGAGGAGGAAGUAGAGGAGGAAGAGGUGGAAGAGGUAGAAGAAGAGGAAGACCAAGUACAGAAAGGUGGCAGUGUGGGCUCCCUGUCGGUUAGUAAGCACCGGGGCCUGAGCCUCACGGAGACGGAACUGGAGGAGCUGAGGGCUCAGGUGCUCCAGCUGGUGGCAGAGCUGGAGGAGACCCGGGAACUGGCCGGGCAGCAUGAAGACGACUCCCUGGAGCUGCAGGGGCUCCUGGAGGAUGAAAGGCUGGCCAGCGCCCAGCAGGCGGAGGUGUUCACCAAGCAGAUCCAGCAGCUCCAAGGUGAGCUGCGGUCCCUACGGGAGGAGAUUUCUCUGUUAGAGCGUGAAAAAGAAAGUGAACUUAAGGAAGUAGAACAGGAGUUGCACUUGGCCCAGGCUGAGAUCCAGAAUCUGCGGCAAGCAGCAGAGGAUUCUGCAACUGAACAUGAGAGUGACAUAGCAUCCCUGCAGGAGGAUCUCUGCCGGGCGCAGAGUGAACUCGAAGACAUGGAGCGCAUUCGAGGAGAGUAUGAGAUGGAGAUCACCACCCUCCGUGCAGAGAUGGAAAUGAAGAGCUCUGACCCAUCCAAUAGUUUAAGUGCCUCAGAUUUCUCUGAGUUGCAAGAAGAAUUGCAGCAACUGCAGGAACGCUACCACUUCCUGAACGAGGAGUACCAGGCCCUGCAGGAGAGCAACAGCAGCCUCACAGGGCAGCUUGCAGAUCUGGAGAGUGAAAGGACACGGAGAGCAACAGAAAAGUGGCUGGAGUCCCAAACAGUAAGGAAUAUGAUAUCAGCAGGGUCUCAGACUUCGGAAAUGGAUUUCCUAGAACCUGAUCCUAAAACCCAGUUGUUGAGACAGCAGCUGCUGGAAGCUGAGGAGCAGAUGCAGGACAUGCAGAAUAAGUGUAAGGAAUUAUGUUGUGAGUUGCAAGAGCUACAUCAGCAUCGCCAGGCCAGCGAGGAGGAGCAGAAGCAGCUGCAGAGGGAGCUCAAGUGUGCCCAGAAUGAGGUGCUUCGGUUUCAGACUUCCCACAAUGUCACUGAGAAUGAGGAGUUGAAGUCCAAACUCUGUGCCCUGCAGCAGAAGUAUGAUACUAGCCAAAGUGAGCAGAGUGAGCUCUUGAAGUUCCAACUGCAACUUCAGACCGAGCUCCAGCAGCUCAAAGUCAUGAGACACCCAGCCGUAGAGAGCCAGAGUGAAAAGGAGUCACAGUGCCGGCUACAGAAGCUGCAGCUCCAGUACCAGCACAUCGUGUGUGAGAAGGAUAAGCUGCUGCAUGUGCAGCAGCAGCUGCAGGACAGCCUGCAGUACCACAAGGCCGAGGUGCAGCACCUCAGGGACACGGUGGCCUCCCUCCAAGACAGCAGUGAGAAGAAUGCAGAGUUGCACGCCCAGCUUCAGGAGAUGAAGUGGCUGUACCACAGCAGCAAAGAUGAGCUGGAGCGGCAGAAGCACGCGUAUGAUCAGCUUGAACAGGACUUCCUGCUUUGCCAGCAAGAGUUGAAGGAACUCAAGACCACUGAGCCCAUCCUAGAGGACAAGGGAAAGUGUGCUAAUAAGUGUGAUACCCUGCUAUACAGACUGACAGAAUUGCAGGACAAGUACAAAGCCAGCCAGAAGGAGAUGGGGCAGCUGCAAGUGGAGCAGUGUGAGCUCCUGGAGAAUCAGAGGAGGAUGCAGGAGGAGCAGGGCCAGCUGCAAGAAGAGCUGCACAGGCUCUCAUUCCCGCUACCCAAGUCUGGGCUCUUCCAUAAGAGUCGGGAGCUUCUGACAAAGUUACAGGAUCUGUGGGAACUACAGCUGCUCUACCAAGGAAUGCAAGAGGAGCAGAAAAAAGUGAUACACAAUCAAGAAAGCAUAUUAAAAGAACAAUCAGAGCUGCACAGAGAGCUGCACCUUUUCAAAGUAUCUCGUUUCCAAGAAGUGUUGGAGAAUCCUGAGGAUUCCAAAUCACCUAAGUCUUCAAAAUGUGGUCAAAAUAAGUCCAAGCUGAUCAUCACCCAGAUGCAGGCCCUACAGGAGCUGUAUGAGGCCAGCCAGACCGAGCAGGAGCUGCUGCAGCGGGAGCAGGGGCGGCUCCUCGAGGAGCGGACGAGGCUGCAGGCCGACUUGCAGCUCUGCAUGGAAGAAAUGCAGCUGCUCCAGGUCCAGGCCCCUUCUAUGAAAGUGAGCCUUGAGUCCUACAAGAGGUCCUAUGGUAGCAUGGCCACCAGCAGUGAGAAGUGUCACAGUAGUUCCGGUAGCAGCACUGGUGAUGAGAGCUGCUACAGGAGCUAUGGCAGCUCCCAGGCCAGCAAUGAGAGCUUCCUGCAGAGCUAUGGCAGUGGCAACAGUGCCUGCGAGGCCCAGAGCAGCAGCAGCAGCGGCUCUAACACCUGUUGCAGGAAUCAUGGCAGCAGCAGCAGCACUGACGACAGACCUGCUGAGCCUGAAGACAUGGAGCACUUUGAAGACACAGUGGCCAAGGUGCUGUGCCAGCUGCAGGGAGUGCAGGCCAAGUACCAGCUCAGCCAGGAGGAGCAUGGGCUGCUGCAGGAGCGCAUGAAAAAGCUGCUGGGCAAGCAGAAGUUGCUGAAGGAAGAGUUGGACACGUGCGAAAAGGAAUUCAAGGAGUUCAUGAGAAGCCUUGAAAAGCCUGUUGCCUCCCAGAAUGACAAGAAUGAGAUCAAAGAGCUGCAAGCCAGGCUGCGGGAGCUGCAGCUGCAAUAUCAGGCCAGCAUGGACGAGCAGGGGCAGCUUCUGGCAGUGCAGGAGCAGCUGGAGGGGCAGCUGCAGUGCUGCCAGGAGGAGCUUCGCCAGCUCCGGGAAGAGAAGUCUGUCACCAAAGAAACCAAAGGAGAGACUGGCAAUAAGAAUAUGAACAAGAAUGCUGAUGGGGUUAAAAAUAACAAGGUUACCAAGCCAAGCCUGGACAGUCAGGAAGACAGUUGUGAGACUGGAAAGAGUCUGGAGGUGGUACUGUACUACAAGGCUGACUCUGCAGACUUAGAUAGUCUAACAAAAGAGGAAAUGGAGGAAGGAAAGGAGGACAUCAAAAUGGGAACAAAGGAGGAGUGCUGGGAUGAACUAGCUUCUGAGCCAUCAGACCCGCCAGGGAUGAAGUCCCUAGAAGAUCAGGAGGGACAUGGGAAGUCCCAAGACCAGGAUGGCAAGAAAGAAGACAACAAAGAUGAGGAUAACAGUGACUCUUGUCCUGAAGCUUCAGAGGAAAACAACCCCCUCAAACUUUCUAAGAACAAAAAGAACAUGUCUGGGAUGUGGAAGCCUAUGGUGUUCUUGGCAAUUGCGGCUGUGGCUCUGUAUGUGUUACCCCACAUGCGACUGCACGAGACAGGGGUCUACCUCACGGAGUGAUGGCAGAUCUUGGCCAGCCGAGGGGCGGAUCCCCAGUGCAUUACCCUCAACUUUGGGCAGGACACACUGUACCAGAGCCCCUGCCUUCCAUAUGCCCCGUGUGUCCCCAUUUCCUUAGCCUCAGUCACCCAGGCUAGAAAGGCUUAUGGGGAGCUGCUGGCUGCCAUCUCCUGCCUUGUAUAAGAACCUGGGUUCAUUGUAAUUAAAUAUCAAACUAAUUA